AUGGAUGACUUAACUGAUGAAGAAAAAGAAGAAUUCAGAGAUAAUAACAUUUGUCAUACCUAUGAUAAGUCUGCAGACUAUCAACAGAAUCCUCUUUUCGCUGAUACUCUCAAUUCUGUAGUCCUGGAUAUGACGCGACAAUACUUUGCUAGAGAAAACGAUUAUGUAAAUGACUUUUUUCAUGACCUGGACCACCCAGAAUUGGAUAAAACCGAACCUUUACUUCAUGGCUAUAUUCCUGGUACUGGCUACAAUAACAGAGAAGCUAUUAUCCUCGAUUCUAUUUCUUUCGUUAAAACCAACGAACAGUUCGAAAUGUUAGCCGUAGCCAUUCUGGAGGCUUCUGAAUACGUCGGCCGUUUAAUUAUAUACAAGGUGGUGAACGGACACUCGAACCAGGUCAUGUUACUGGACUUGGGCGAUACUCCGUUCAAAGUGGGUCAGGUGUCAUCACAGUUUGAUAGUUCUAUUAUCCUGCUAUACAACUCUUCAUCUGGCUUCAAAGUGCAAUACAUUGAAAAAGACUUGGAAACUCUUGUUAUAAACGGAUUUGGUUACGUGGCUGUCGCCAAUUCGUCCACGUGUCUUGUUUUAAAAUUAGAUUGGUUUCUACGAUCCCAUACACAGUUAAAAGCAUUGCAUGCAGACGAUAUUCGUGAUCUCCAAAGUUUUCGUGUCGGAUUCGAACACUUCUUUACUAUUAUCUCAUCCCAGGAACAACAUUUACUUGUGUGGCGAAGUGGAGAAUUCCACACAAGGCAGUUUCUAAAGUUUCCAAACGCCACGCAGAUUUACACGGCUCCAGUGUCUUCAUGUCGAGAUGAUGUUUUUGCUGUAUUAUUCCAAGACACAAUACUCAAUCGAGUGUCUUUACUAGUGUGGCAAAAGGAGGAACGACUGGUUAGAGUGCCUCCUCAGAUAUUGCAGAGCUCUCCUAAGGACAUCCAGCUGUUGACUGGCAGUAUCACUUCCUUCAUCUACAAGAAGACUGUUUAUCUCCUAGCGGUGGAUAGAAGAAAGGGAUCGCGGCUUUUUUCUCUUCACACCAGUCUAAAGCCUCUUCCUAACCCAGUGUUUACGAGAGUAAUGGAGCUAAAGAACUUCAUAAAUCAUGUUGAGAGUCGGUUUGAGGAGAAUGAAAGAAACUUGCAGCAUUUAUUACAUAUCUUCGAGCAUGCUGUAGUGGACUCUGAAAAUGUAUUCAUAUUUGAAUACCAAGUCUUUAUUAAAAUGAACAUAUUGCAUAGAAGCGUUGGUGUUCUUGAGUUACUUGAAAACUUGGGUUUGGAAGGAUCACAACAGACUGUGGACGAUUUCAAGUGGACGGUUGAUUCCCUAGCUCGAAACUUGAGGGAUAUUGAGCAAAAUAUGGAAGUUAUCCUUUCGACUGUAAAAGAUGUUGCCCUCUCGGAUGAGACUGUUCUAAUGACCGGAACAAAUAAAAUACGUGCUGUACAGGCUACAUCGUUAGGAUCGUUAUUUGUAGAUGUAGGGAACAUAGCUGCAACUAACAUGAAUAUUCUACAAAAAUCCAUCUAUCGAUCUGACAACCCCGAAAUCGUAAAGGGUGAGAAAACAUUUGUAAGCCCUAUAGCAGUACGACGGUCAGUUGAAGUGGGAUGCUGUGUGAAUAAUUUCGACGUGGCUCGAGAUAUACUGACAACAGAUAAAGCUCAAGCCUCGACAGCAUACUACUAUAUGAUGAUGCCUAUGAUUAUACAAAAACACCUAGAUAUUUCUGGAAGGGUAAACAAUGUGGAUCUAUUGAAAGACUUGGUAACGCUGUACAAAAAGCAUCAAAUAAGGGCACAUGUAACUAUGAAAGAUGAUAUUUACAUCUACGGAGAUCUAACUGUAAAAAUAAUAGAUGGAACGGAUGUUAAAGAGAUGAAACGCUUUUCCCUUACAGGAAAUAGAACUCAGACAAUGUCCAGCAAAGAAUUCGUUCAUGACGUAAGAGUGCAAGAUGUUACAAUAACUGGCGUACUUAAUGAUGUUGAAUUAAAUAUGUUGGCAACCAACAUUGUAAGAAUAAACAUCCCAACUAUAAUUUCUGGAAAGAAGGCAUUCAAGGAAAGUUUCUCGGUUGUCGACAAACUUUCUGUUGUAGAAAGAGUGGACACAUUAAAGCUACCGAGCGAUUUGUUUACCUCAAAUUGCUCUCAAAAUAUAAUGGUCCCCAAAACUUUUCAGGGUCCCCUGUUGGUUAUGAACAUUUACGUUAAUGGUUUAGUGGACCAUCUAAAUACUUCAGAUGCGGUGACUCUAACUGUGGAAGACUCUUUGUAUGAUAAGAUGUUUGCCAGGGGAAUUGGAGUAGAGAAAGACGUAAUCGUUGGAAGACUCGUUGACACUGUGGACGUUUCUACCCUGACUCGUAUAAUUAAAAAGGACUUUCAUUUACCCGGGAACACUAUGUUCCUAGCUAAUGCCAUUGUGGAGAAGAACCUGGAUGUUCAAAAGAAAAUCAACGAUUUGGACGUGGGAAGAACGUAUCGUGAUGCCAUAUUCAAAACCGAGAUAGUCGAGAUUUACUCGCUUAAAGCAUUCGAUGCUUUGACGGUUCAGUCUGCUACAGUUAACACAAUUUGUGGCUUUAAUAUAAAAGAUUUCAUGCUUACCAGUGGGAAUCGGAAGAUAAGAGGCACAAAAUUUCUUGACGAAACAAAAUUCUCGGACCUUAGAAGUGAAGCAAAUAUCGCAGACGAAGUUGAUUUAAAGCUCCUCGAGGCAGAACGUGUUUCCCUGAGUUCUCAUAGUACUAUACAAGGUCAUUUGGACUUCUUUAAAGUUCUUUUAGUCGAAAAUGCUGUAACGGAAACUGUAGAUGGCGUUAGUAUACACAAUGCUGUCCUAGUUUCUCUUCCCCAAGAAAUUGCGAAGAAGACUUUCAAACCUACUUUAGCACUUAAUCGGAGGAAUGGGCCCCAUCUCUCGGCUCGACACAUGAGAGUGAUUGGUGAUGUUUAUGUAGAAACAACAAUUGAUGCAUAUGACUUAACGGAGCUUGCACGAAAAAGGAUAACUACUUCUUCCAAUCAGGAUAUCUUGGUCGAAGCUAUACUUGGUGAUAACAAUGCUGUUUUAAUAGAAGCGGAGAGAGUAAAUAACUAUGAUCUUGUUAAACUUUCAAAAAACGUUAUGUCUCUCAGUAAAACUCAAAUCGUAUCUGAAAAGAACUUUGAAGCCAUAGACGGACUAUUUAUCAUAAGCUUCCGUAAGAAUCUACUUGUAGACACGCUGGUAUGGAUGAAUUGUGAGGAAACAAUCUUUCUAUCUCUUAUUGUAAACAAAAUAUUUAAAUGUUUUUUUACAGGUGACAUUUCGGUUUUUGGAGGUAUUGGAACGAGUGGAGGAAUAUCUAACAUUAGACUGGAUUUGGUUAAUUUCAACGCUAUCCAGUUGAAUGGAGAUCAAACUUUAUCUGGUCACUAUACUUUUCUAGACGUCUUGCCAGUGGUCGAACAUUUGAAUGUUAGAAAACUUGUAAAUAAUGUAGACCUUACCGACCUGGUGCAAGACUCUGUCAUGAUGGAAGGUAACCACGUACUAACAAAACCUAUACGUUUCCAAAGUGUACUCCAUAUAGACGGAGAUAUUAACGCUAUACUUGUGAACGGUAUUCACCUUCCUCACAAACUAUUUACUCAAACUUCCCUUCAAGUAAUUACAGGUGUUUUCGUGUUUGAACGUGGACUGGGCUUAUCCUCAAACCUCCUGAUAACGGGACUAAUCAAUGGAAUAGAUGUUUCUUGCUUGAGUGCUAUGACAAUGAAAUUAGACCAAAAGAACAAAAUUGUUGGGAGUUUAAAAUUUCAAAAUGAAAUUGAAAUGAAGAACAACCUAACCAUUUCAGAGCUAGUAAACGGGAUAAAGUUGUCUUUACUCCAAACUGAAGCGGUUUUAGUUAAUGAAAAGGAACAAAUAAUUUCAAAAUCUAUUGCCAACGAGGUUUUUGUGAAAGCUAACUUGAUGACGAAUGUAGUGAACAACUUGGAUCUAGAACAGUUUGUAGCAGAUGCGAUCUGGGUAAUUGGAGAACAGGAUAUUCCAACUUCAAAAACCUUCACGGAAGAAGUGGUGGUUCUCCAUAACUUGCAGGUACUAGGUCCUUCUAGUGUUCAUGUUGUAGAUGGGAUUGAUCUUGUCCGACUUGCCAGAGAUGCUGUUUACACUGACAAGGCUCGGAAGAUCGAAGAUGUGAAGGUUUUCAGUAACGUUGUGGAAGUUGACGGCAGUAUCCUUAUCCACGGACGUAUAAACAAUAUAGAUUUAUCUGUAGGAGCUAUUACCGUGACCAAAACAGGUGAUGAUAUCCAGCGUAUCUACGGUGAAAAACUUUUUACCAACGUGUUCUUCAAAGACCUCGUAACUGUUGUCGAAACGGUAAACAACCACGUUCUGGAAGAACAAGUGAAUGAUACUCUUCUGAAAACUGGAAACCAAAUUGUGAGUGGUCGUAAAAUGAUAAAGGGCAACAUUCUAUGCGAGAAAGACUUACACUUAAUGAAGGUGAACAACAUCAAUUUAAAAGAAGCAGUGAAUCUGCACACUAAACAGGUCAUAUUUGGACAGCUGAUGUUUUCCGGUGGUGUUAAAUCUCGGAAUCUUUACGUUCAGGGUCUAAUGAACGAAGUCAACGUCUGGUUAAUGGUGGAAGAAGCUAUCUACCUGGACACCAACCAAGACAUUUUCCCGGAAUUCUUUUUUGCUGACUUGUUAGUUAGAGAGGACGCAAUUAUUGGAAAGAAAAUUGAUCACAUUGAUCUCGAAAAGUUGGAUAAAGCAGUGGUUAACUUUGACAUCCACUUUAAAGCAAAAACUCAAGAUAUCUUGGAUGAGACUCGUCGACAGCAGCUUAUUGGAGACUACUUAUGGGAUGUACUAGAAGAGUCGCUGUACCACCUGGAUAAGUUCGUGUUCUAUACUUCACUCAACAUCACGGGAGAUUUUGUGGAUGUUCUUCCGCAGACAACUGACUUCAAUAUUGUUAAGAUACCACGUAAUAGCUAUUACGGAAGGGCUUACAACUUUGUAAUCGAACAUCCCAAGUUGCUAUUCCUUGACUCGAUAUUCACAUCCACUACUGUACGUAGAGUUCCUUUUCAAAUUCUUCAGCGUGUCUUCGUUAUCAACGUGGCUGCUCCCCAUUCAGCAGUUGACACUGUAAUUAGAGAGAGAGAACAGCCAGUGGCUUCACUGGGGCAAGGUAUAUUGGACAUCUCUGUCAUAAAUUUGGACGAAUCUUAUUGCAACAUCAUCGUCCUAGAUGUCGAAGGCACCUGUAAGAUUUACGUGUUCAAAAUGGGUCAUGGUUACAAUGCAUUACUAACACAAGUGGCUUUUGUACAUGCUGGAAAAGAAGCGAUAGGGAUGACUGCGUUCACUUUUAAGCAAGAAGAGGUUCUCAUAGCAGUUGCGAGGAAGUUUCCUUUACCAUAUACCCAAGGAUCUUCUCUCUUGUUCAAGUUCAGCAAACGAAAUAUUGAACUGGUGCAAGAGAUAGCAGCGCCAGCUAGUGACGAUGUGCUAUAUUUCCAACACUGUGGGAAGCACUAUCUGGCUUUUACCAAUGAUGUUCCUGUUCAUGAAGCACUGGAACCAAAUUCUGUUAAAGUAUAUCGCAGCUGCGAUUGUCUUGAAACCCCAUUCCGGCUCCAUCAGAAGAUCUACUUUGACAAUCCCAAAUCUCUGGAAGUUUUCAAGCUGGGUAGGCUGCACGAGCUUUACAUGAUCAUUUCAAAUUCGACUGUGAUUAAAUUCUAUCACCUUCAAGGGGAAGGGGGUUUUGUGAGUAAUACUACUUUCGUAAGUGACGAUAUAAGGGAUGUGAAGCCCUUUGUUGCCCAUGGUGAGCUGUAUGUGGUAGUAGUUCAAGGAGAGAAUUCCAAAAGUUCAAUGGUUCUUAAGGCUGAGAUGAAGGGUUCCACAGUACCACCACGCCUCGUGACACACUGGCCGUAGGGACUGAAAUUCUAAGAUUUUUAGUUUGAGUUUUCAUUAUUAUAAACUUUUUGGGGUUAAUCUUGU